CAUGGCGGAUGAUUGUGGCUGUACUGGUAUUCGGACGUGUUUACAGUGCGAAGAAAACAAGAAAUCCAAGAAUAUAUUCAAAGACGAGCAGAGCAAGAAGACAAUGAAAAAGUAUGAAUUUUGUAUUCUUUGUGGAGAAACGUUCCUUGUUGAUCGAGAAUGUCUGCAUCGCAAAGAUGUUGGUAAUGUGAAGAUCAAACUAGAAGGUAUUACUGUGAUUCAAGACUUUAUAAAUGAAAUCGAAGAAGAGACGAUUGUGGCAGAUAUUGAAAAAACGGUUUGGAAGCCAUCACAGUCUGGAAGGCGAAAGCAGGACUUUGGACCUCAGGUGAAUUUUAAGAAAAGGAAACUAAAGCUGGUUAACUUUACAGGACUACCACAAUUCAGUAAAGUUUUGGUGGAACGGAUGUGGAGCUCAGUUCCACAUUUGUCUGAUUUCCAACCAGUGGAACUUUGUAAUUUAGAGUAUACACCAAACAGAGGUUCUUCUAUUGAUCCACAUUUUGAUGACUUUUGGGUGUGGGGAGAGCGUUUAGUCACACUGAACCUUCUCUCAGACAGCUCACUAACAUUUUCAGUCAGUGGAGAUACCGAUAAUAUUGAAGUUUCUGUUCCAAUGCCUAGGAGGUCUUUGAUCAUUGUUCAAGGACCAGCUCGCUAUGAAUGGAAGCAUGCAAUAAAAAGACAGGAUAUUCUUUCCAGAAGAAUUGCUGUAACAUUGCGAGAACUUGCACAAGAUUUUUGUGAGGGUGGCAAAAGCUACACUGUUGGACAUGAAUUAAUCAGGACUGCUCUGUCAUUUAAGGGGGAAUCAGUUCAAGUCAGUAUUAAAAAGGAUCGUGAAGGCUAAAGCCAUUAUUGUGGUGC